UUGGGCUGAGAUGUAUAUAUAAAUUAAACAUUCUACAUUUUGGCGAAACGGACACAUUACAGUGAAACACCGGAUCCACGUUCCCAUAGCAACAUAAACACUGCGCACCAGCUUCUGGAAACUGGAUUAAACUUUUGCAGCACGAUGAUACCACCAGCUGAUUCGCUGCUAAAAUAUGAUACACCCAUUUUAAUCGCCAAAAACACACAUGUCAAAUCACCAAAGGGACGUUCCCUAAAAAUGAGCCCGCACCAGCAGUCUGACUUUUCUCCUGUUCCACCACCUCCUAAACCCAAAUCCGGGGUGACGGAGUCCAGCUACAGGCAAAAUGAAGAGAUCCUGAACGCCAUGCUUCCACCGAGAGAAUGGAUGGAAGACAAUCAGUUGUGGAUGCAGUACGUGUCCACAGCACCGUGCACACGCUCAGACGUGAUGAAUCUGGAGGAACAGCUGGAUCUGAAACUUCAGCAUAAGCAAGCGAGAGAGACUGGACUGUGCCCGACCCGCAGAGAAAUCUACUCACAGUGUUUCGAUGAGCUGAUCAGACAGGUGACCAUCAACUGUGUGGAGAGAGGUCUGCUGCUGCUGAGGGUCAGAAAUGAGAUUCAACUGACCCUUGCUGCAUAUCAGACUCUGUACGAAAGCAGCAUUGCUUUCGGCAUCAGGAAAGCGCUGCAGGCCGAGCAAGACAAAGUCAACGUGGAGAAACGAAUUGUCGAGUUGGAAAGUGAGGCGAAGGAGCUGAGGAAGCAGCUGAAUGAACAAAAAGCUAAAUGUGAUGCAAUUGAAAAGAGGGAGAAUGAAAAACGCCAGUUGGAAGAAAAAAAGCACAUGGAAGAAAUACAGUUCCUGAAAGCAGCAAACCAGGAGCUGAAGAACCAACUGGAGAUGAUCAUUACUUUCAAGAAGUAACUCUCAAUAGGCACAUCUUUCUGGUUUCUCGACCAAAACAUUCAAGCCAUUAAACGUGUUAAAAGAUAACAUAUUUCCAAAUUUCCAGCUGCAUUAGGCAAAAGGCAACACUGGGAAAUAUAAUUAAA